UUUUUGGGUAUCUGUCCUUGACCAUUUAGUUAUCAGAUCUAAAGAUUAUGCAUUGCCUACAUUUAAAGCAGUAGUUGUAAAGAAUGACCAAGCCCAACACAAAUAUGUACACAAGUCUUUUCAUACGGAUUCUUUACAGAAUGGGAUCAGAUUUGCAAUUCCUAAUGCUAUAGACCUAGUGCGAGCUAUAAAUAUUGGGUUUUGAGCCCUGUGUGUCUUUUUCUUUCUUAAUUAAUUAAUUCUGCAUGCCCCACCCUGUAACUUCCCUUGCUUUUUAAUAACAUAAGUAUAAUGCCAUUAAACCAGUCAGUCAAGAUCUUAUUCUGAGUGGACACGUGAGUUUGACCCGUCAGGUGAAUGACCGUGUGCGUGUGUGUGUUAUUUAUUGUAGUUAGUCCGAGUAAAGAAAGCUCUCAGAGCUGAGCAGUACAGCUACUGUAUAGAGUUUUGUCCUCUAGAAUUCUUUGUGUGAUGAUGGCUGGUGUAACACUGUGUGUGUUGAAGCGUUGUCUCAUGAACAGCGGGAACCGGAUCAUCCCGCGUGCUCAUCAACAGACGCACUCACGGACCAACAGCAGUGCCUCAGACAUUCCUGGUGUAAAAGAGCGCACUUUGGUUGCCAUCAAGCCGGAUGGGGUUCAGAGACGUCUGAUUGGUCAGAUCAUAAAGCGUUUUGAGCAGCGAGGGUUCCGCUUGGUGGGUCUGAAGAUGGUGCAGGUAUCUGAAGAAUUACUGGCCCAGCAUUAUGUGUCUCUACAUAAGAAACCGUUCUACCCCAGCGUACUGCAAUAUAUGACCUCAGGGCCUGUUGUGGCAAUGGUGUGGGAGGGCCACAAUGUAAUAAAGUCUACACGUAUGCUAGUGGGAGACACAAACCCAGCUGAAGCUGUGCCUGGAACUCUGAGAGGAGACUUUAGCAUUCAUGUUAGCAGGAAUGUUGUUCAUGCCUCAGACUCAGCUGAAGUGGCACAAAAAGAGAUCUCGCUUUGGUUUCAGCGCUCCGAGCUGAUUGACUGGGUGUGUUGUGACCAUGGCAAUAUCUACCAUCCAUGAUGCGUGUGUCUGUGUGUGUGUGUGUGUGUGUGUGUGUUAUAUCUCUUAAAACCUAAAAAAUAAUAUUUUUAAUUGAUAUUACCACUAUAUAACUGCUGCAAAGUAUAUUACAAUCAUAUUCAAGACAUUUUAUAUAUAGUUCCUGAAUAGUUUAACAAAUAUGAUUUUAAAUUUUAAUUAGAUUCAUCACAUUUUAUUUUAAAGUAACAGUAUUAUAAACAAAGGUUCUAAGGUUUGAAGCUGAUUUAUUGAAAUGGAAAGAUUCUUAAUUAAUCUGUAAAUUGUGCUGAGGAACACUGUACAGGUUCCUAAGAAACAACUGUACAUUACUGUAAUACUGGCUAGAAAUUAUUAACCCUUUGUAAUAAUAAUUUCAUAUUCUAUAACAUUAUUAUCCAUUACAUAAUAAAAAAUCCAAAAUAUGAAAUAAAACAAACAAAAUUGUAAA